CUGUUUUGUCUGUUGGUGUCUCCCGCUCUCUCUCUCUCUCUCUCUCUCUCUCUCUCUCUCUCGAGACUCAGAAACAGCCAUCCCCCGAUCUCUUCUUCCCUAAUUCUCUUCUUUCUCGUCUUUCAAUCCGAUUCAUACCCAACCUAAUAAUAUAAUACACACAAACACACAAAUAUAUAGUAAAUAUAUCGUCUAUAUAUUUAGGCAAUUUAGCCGUUGUUGGUGAAAGUAAAAAAGGAAGAAAAUAAAAGCCAAGAGGGAGGGAGAGAGAGAGAGAAACAAAAAAAACAAAAAGUUUUUAGAGAGAGAGAGAGAAGGAGGAGAGAGAGAAAUGCCGGCACCAAUUGCCGCCGGGUUUUGGAUCUCCUUGGCGUUGAUAUUCCCCGCGGCGGUGGUGGUGUGCGGCUUUCCGGCGGCCCUGACGCUGGAGAGGGCGUUUCCCAGGACGGGUCACGGGUUGGCACUGAAUCAACUCAAGGAGCGUGACAGGGUAAGACACCGUCGAAUCUUGCAGUCGGGUGUCGUCGAUUUCCCCGUCGAAGGCACCUACGAUCCCUACCUUGUUGGCCUUUAUUUUACAAGUGUGCAAUUGGGUACACCUCCACAAGAAUUUUAUGUGCAAAUUGAUUCCGGAAGUGAUGUCUUGUGGGUCGGUUGUAAUUCUUGCAGUGGUUGCCCUACAUCAAGUGGACUCAAAAUAUCUCUUAACCUCUUCAAUCCUUCAGGCUCUUCGACAGCUUCACCGGUUUCUUGUUCGGACCAAAGAUGCACCGUUGGUUUUCAAUCUUCGGAUUCUGUCUGUCCUACUCAGAAUAAUCCAAAUAAUCAGUGUAGUUACACAUUUCAGUAUGGAGACGGGAGUGGUACCUCUGGUUAUUAUGUGUCAGACUUGAUGCAUCUCGACACAGUUGUUGGGAGUUCGUUGGUUUCAAACUCUUCGGCUACUGUUGUCUUUGGUUGUAGUACGGCAGCGACCGGGGAUUUGACGAAAACGGAUCGAGCUGUUGAUGGGAUUUUUGGAUUUGGGCAACAGGGAUUGUCCAUCGUCUCACAACUAUAUUCACAGGGAGUAGCUCCAAAUGCCUUCUCCCAUUGCUUGAUAGGAAGUAAUAGCGGUGGUGGUAUAUUGGUUCUUGGUGAGAUCGUGGAGCCAAAUAUAGUUUAUACCCCACUUGUACAAUCACAGCCACACUAUAAUUUGAACCUGGAAAGCAUUUCCGUCAAUGGGCAGAUAUUAAGCAUAGACUCAUCAGUUUUUGCCACGUCAAAUAACGGAGGAACCAUUGUCGAUUCUGGAACAACCUUGGCAUACAUAGCUGAAGAAGCCUAUGCUCCUUUUGUUAGUGGCAUUACAUCGGCUGUUUCGCAGUCGUCUGUACGCUCUGUUGCUUCCAGUGGAAAUCAAUGUUAUCUAACCACAUCCAAUAUCUCUGAGGUAUUUCCAACAGUUAGUUUAAACUUUGCUGGAGGUGCAUCCAUGCUUCUCUACCCAGAAGACUACCUUUUGCAGCAAAAUUCCAUUGCUGGUGCUGCUGUGUGGUGCAUUGGGUUCCAACAAAUUGAGGGUCAAGGGAUAACAAUUUUAGGAGAUCUGUUUCUACAAAACAAGAUUAUUGUUUAUGAUCUGACUGGCCAAAGGGUUGGAUGGACUAACUAUGACUGUUCUUUGGCUGUAAACGUCUCUGCAAGCACUGCUAACGGUAAAAGCACAUACGUCAAUCCGACUCAAAUUGGUCAGAACAGCUCCUCACGCAACACUCCUCUCAAUUCGAUACUACUUAUAAUCAUUGUUGCCCUAUUCCUCUCAAACGUUUCAGCGCUCAGAAGUUUCUCGCUCUUGUGACAUUUACAAGCUCAAGAAGUCGGAAGCUUUUCUUCUCUUUCUCCAUAUAUUUUUGUUGUAGUUUCCAUUUGUAUAGGGCCUUUUUGCCUAGUGAUCUUCAUUUAUAGCAAUAGGCCAGGCUUGUAUAAUUAUUCAUUGGAUUGCAGCUUGUAGCUGCUUUUGUUCUCAUAGAUUUUGUGGGUCUUAGUUCUUCAGCUAUGCGGGGUUCCCACCCUUUUCUUGGAGGAGGCCUCUGUUGCUAGUGUUGUACAUUACAUUUAUACACACAAGAUUGCUGGGUUUACACUUUUUUCCGGCAGAAAA